GUCUGGUGCUUUGGGGCUGCCUUGGCGCGGCGUGCCGACUUUCGACUAAAUGCCCCGGCGGAUGUUUCUCUACCUGUCUCUGCCGCUGCACCUGCUUACCCUUCUUCGGCGUUGGUUUGAUUGUGGCCGCCGGCCGGGUUCUUUUUACCAUGACGGCACCGGCAAACGCACCCGGACCGCGGCGCCCCUUGUUAGGACUCUCCUGCAUUUGCUUAGCGUGUCGCUCUGCUUCAGAUUCUGCCUUUUGGCCGUCUGUAGGUGGUCUGUGGAUAGCCGUCGACUCUUUUCCUAAUAAUAAUAGUAGCAAGCUAGUAGUUGCGCGUGUAUAAUUCAAUAUACAUGGCGAUAUUUCGAUUUCGAUAAGUAGCGCGUGUGUGAAGAUAAGUAGAACUACAACAACUACCUUACCUGUACUAGAACAAGCGACGUCGGAUUCGAGAAUAUGUGCCCAUUCAUGAAUUAAUAUUAUCGUAAAUGAUAGGGCGAAGAUGUAGAAGAUGAUGAAUCUUCAUGUAUGUAUAGCAAAACGAAGAGGAAAAGUGAGCAGGUGCUACUUAAUUGCGCCACAUGCCACUACAUCAUCGCUAAGUCGACGCUAACUACAUGAUUUCGUCCUGUAAUUUUUUCCAUUUUUUGAAGGAGUGAUGGUCGUCUAGUGCGUACCUGCUUCUAGCUACUUCGUAUUGAUUGCAGCAAAUCAAGAUCAACGGACCCGCCCCUGCUACUAGAUGCUGGAAGCUAGCUGUAAGAAAAAUGCAACUUCAUUUUGCACUUCUGCGAGAAAUAAAAUGGCGGGAGCAGCUCCUGCAAAGCUUUUGUUUUUGAAACACGCCUGAUAGUUAGAGUUGAAACACGUCUGAUAGUUAGAGUUGAAACACGUCUGAUAGUUAGAGUUGAAACACGCCUGGUAAUUAGAGUUGUCCUCUACUAUCAAGCCGAAUUAUCGGUACUUCUAUGGUCUGUUGUGUGUCCUUGAUGUGGUCUUUCUUGUGCUUUCGUCCUUCUUGCUUCGAUCGGAC